AUUUCAGUUGAUGCUCCUUGUGUGACGUCUAAUCUAGUGGACGGGACGCUUCUUCAACAACAACUCGGCGACUGAUGCAGCCAGUUCCUUAUCUUGCUAGUCAACAUAAUACCGACAAAUUCAAGCUCUUUUGUCCGUAUUUGUGAAUAUUAAUCUGUGUUUUUAACGCAAUUUUGUUUGCAUAUCUCCUAGUUAAAUUGUAAAAUAGCUUGUUAGAUUUACUAAUUCGUUAAGAUUCACACUGAGCCUAGUACUAGGCUAGUCGCUAAUUCUAACUAGCUAGGUCUCAUCCCCGACCUAGGAGUGAAGUUUAGUCCGCUAUCCUCGCUCGACCAUGAGCUCACUAAACUACUCCCUCCCUGCUAAAGAAGAAGAGGUCUGCUGGACGGAGAAAGAAGAUCUGAACAUUGUCGUGAAAGAAGACGAGGAAGUGAAAGACGAGAAAGAACCUUUUGGAGUGAAACCCGAAGAGGGGAUAGAGGCUGUCACAGUGGAAGAGGAGGAGGUAGAAGCUUUCAGAAUCAAAAAGGAGGAAGAGGAGGAUGUUACAGUAAAAUACGAGAAAGAGCCUUUAGGAGUGAAACACGAAGAAGAGAUAGAGGCUGUCACAGUGGAAGAGGAGGAAGAAGUUUUCAGAAUGAUAAAGGAGGAAAUCACAUUGAAAGAAGAAGAUGAGGAUUUUACAAUGAAAGAAGAGAAAGGACCUUUUGGAGUGAAAGACGAAGAGGAGACUGGAGAUCUGAUUAACACUACAGGAGAGAGACCAGACUCUCACCCUGACCGUGGGAAGAGCCCAGACCCAGAGACGACCAAACCAGCAAGACCAUACCACUGUUCCCAGUGUGGAAAGCGUUUUGGACACUCAGGGUAUCUGAAAGUGCAUGAAAGAACACACACUGGAGAGAAGCUUUAUCAAUGCUCCCAGUGUAAAAAUACAUGUUUCUCACCAGGGGACCUGAAAUCACAUGAAAGAACACACUCUUUAGAGAGGCCUUUCCAAUGCUCUCAGUGUGGAAAGAGAUUUAUCCAGUCAUCACAUUUGAAAGAACAUGAGAGAAUACACACAGGAGAACAACCAUUCCAAUGUUCCCAGUGUAGAAAGAGUUUUACAAAUGUAGGGAACCUGAAAACGCAUGAGAUGACACACACAGGCGAGAAGCCUUUCCACUGUUCCCAGUGUGGAAAAAGGUUUACCCAAUUAGGGAACUUGAAAACACAUGAGAUGACACACACAGGCGAGAAGCCUUAUCACUGCUCCCAUUGUGGUAAGUGUUUUAGACACUCAGGGCAUCUAAAAGUGCAUGAAAGAACACACACUGGAGAGAAGCCAUAUCAAUGCUCCCAGUGUGGAAAGGGUUUUGGACACUCAUGGCAUCUUAAAGUGCAUGAAAGAACACACACUGGAGAGAAGCCGUAUCAAUGCUCCCAGUGUGGAAAGGGUUUUGGACACUCAGGGCAUCUAAAAGUGCAUGAAAGAACACACACUGGAGAGAAGCCGUAUCAAUGCUCUCACUGUGGAAAGAGAUUUAUCCAGUCAUUGCACCUGAAAGAGCAUAAGAGAAAACACACAGGAGAGAAGCCUUUCCAAUGCUCUCAGUGUGGAAAGAGUUUUAUCCAGUCAUCGCAUCUGAAAGAGCAUAAGCGGAUACACACUGGAGAGAAGCCAUUCCAAUGCUCUCAGUGUGGAAAGACUUUUAGCCAGAUAGGGCAGCUGAAAUAUCAUGAAAGAAAACAUACAGGGGAGAAGCCUUAUCACUGUUCUCAGUGUGGAAAGGGUUUCAGAUACUCGGGGCAUCUAAAAGUGCAUGAAAGAACACACACUGGAGAGAAGCCAUAUCAAUGCUCCCAGUGUGGAAAGGAUUUUAGACACUCAGGGCAUCUUAAAGAUCAUGAGAAAAUACACACAGGAGAACAACCAUUCCAAUGCUCUCUGUGUGGAAAGAGUUUUACCCAUUUAGGGAACCUGAAAAUGCAUGAGAUGACACACACAGGAGAGAAGCCUUUUCACUGCUCCCAGUGUGUAAAAAGUUUUACCCAGUUAGGGAACUUGAAAACGCAUGAGAUGACACACACAGGAGAGAAGCCUUUCCACUGCUCCAAGUGUGAAAAGGGUUUUAGAACCUCGGGAAACCUGAAAACGCAUGAAAUGUCACACACAGGAGAGAAGCCUUUCCAAUGCUCCCAAUGUGGAAAGAGUUUUACCCAGUUAGCGAGCCUGAAAAGGCAUGAAGGAACACACACAGGAUAGAAUCCUUUCCAAUGUUCUCAGUGUGGAAAGACAUUUUCCUGGUCAGAAAAAACCUGAAAAUCACAUGCGAGAAGAGAGACACUGUUGUGGGUGGCAGAAUUUGGGGUGAGCUGUUGUAACUUCUCCAGGUUGAUGCUCUGUUCUGUGAUGAACUGCAUUUCAUAGACUACUACGCCUAUUACCUGUCUGCACCCUAACACAUUGUUGCCAUUGUUGUCUGUAACUGUUGCAUUAAAAAGUACUAUUAUCACCUUCCUCUAUAUGAGGGGACAUGCAACUAUCUGCAGUUUUUUUUAGUUCUUCCCUGACUGUGAUCAGCGAGACAGAUCUCGCUUGCUUGUAUUUAAGAUGUACUAUUAUCACACCAGUCUCUGAUCUUUGAAACUCCAGAAUCAGUUCAUAAAACACAGGCUUGAUUUGGAAUUGGGUUUAUUUGGUUUAUGGCCACAUGAAAUCAAUUUGUAUGAAGCCUUACUCAAAAAACAGGCCUACUUUGUUAGCCGGACCGGUCUCAGUGCAAAAAAAAAAAAAAAGGAACAUAUUUUAAAUGUAUUUUACUUUGAUUCCUUUAGUCAUUGUGUUUUAUUUAGUUAAUUUGUGUAGAAGUUAUCAAGCUAAACGUGUAUGAAAAUGUGAUGACAUUGUUAUGAUAACAGUUGUUGACUGGGAAACCCAGAACCGAGCUGCCCAGUGACGAGAGCCUACCAGACGUGCUAAAUGCCUUUUUAUGCUCGCUUCAAGGCAAGCAACACUGAAGCAUGCACGUCAGCACCAGCUAUUCUGGAUGACUGAGUGAUAACGCUCUCGGUAUCCGAUGAGAGCAGACCUGUAAACAGGUCAACAUUCACAAAGCCACGGGGCCAGACGGAUUACCAGGACGUGUACUCAAAGCAUAUGCGGACCAACUAGCUAGUGU